AUGGGCAUGUUCUUUCUGACUCUUAUUGCAUUAGUAAUGGGGGACAGAUAAGUCUACUAUAAUGGUUUUCACUAAUCAAACAAUCUUUACUGUACUUCUAUUAAUUGCCCCUAUUAAUUCAAAUAUGGUGGAACAUAAUCUAGUGCCCUAUUUUCAAAUUGCACAAAUCCCAUAGGAACUGCAUUAAUUUUAAAAUCCUCCUAAAUGAUGGCUACACUAAGCGAAUAAGUCAACAACUUGAAAAUAAAUGGGAAAAACCAUAUUUUAAAUUUUGAUAUAUACUUUCUUACAUAGUGGAAUGGGGAUAGUUUGAAAUUGGAGUAUAAAUCUUAAACUUACUAAUUUUAAUUUACCACAUAAAAUCCGUUAUAAUUCAAUUUAGGAGGCUGUAAUUCAAGUUAAUAUUAGGUGAAGACAAUAAAAAUAGCAUUAGAUUAAGUCACUUCUUUAACGAAUUUAAAAUUCAGUAUCGUUAACGAAUAAAGCUUAGCUUUAAUUAAAAAUGUCCAUUUUUCUUAUUUCUUAUGUCAUUAAACAUGUAAAAGUUGUUCUGGAGAUAAUUAUAAUUAAUGCACAUCAUGUUUUUAAGGUGCUAGCUUAAAUGAUGGUAUAUGUAGAUGCCCCAUCAGAACAGUUUUAAAUGGUGAGCCACCUUCUAAUUAUAAAUGCAUGACCUUUUGUUUGUUGGGAUCAACAGAUAGGAGAGGGAGAUAUUGCAAACCAUUUGAAAUACAAUACAUACUUUGGCUUUAGCUUCAAUCUUAUAGUUAUUCAUAACUUAUUAAGUGGAACAUUAUUUAUGAUCCUGCAAAUUUAAGCAAUAAUAAUAAAAAAUUGGGACCCUUUUUCGGAGUUUUCAAAAAUAAUGAAGGAGCUUAAAUAACAAUUAGUCCAACUUUAUUUUUAUAUCCCUUGAGCGCAUAGAUAUAUAUAUUAUUUUGUAACGCCACUCCAAGCAACUCUGGAAUCUCAAUUUAUUUAAAUUCGACAUAUCAUUCUUCAUUUUAUUAUAAUGGAGCCCAAUAUGAAACAGAUAACAUGUAAAUUUUUGCUUCAAAUUAAUAAGCGUUUAGCGGAUGCUAAACAACUAAUGUUUAUCUAUUGUAAACAAACCUUUAUGUAGAACAAGGAAAUUUUAAUUUUUCGAUCAAAGGAAAUUUUACGUAAUUAUAUUAUUGUUAUUGAGUUUAGAAAUUCAAAUUCCGGAUGGUACAUCAUUUAUACUAUUAUUGCAAGUGCUUAAUGUCCUGCAUUUUGUUCAAAGUGUGAAAGAGAAUAUGAAUGUUCUAUCUGCUUAAGUGGCUAUAAAAAAACAUCAGAUAAAAGAUGCACCUUAAGUUGUCCGAAAGAUUCAAUUUUAUCAAAUAAUAUUUGUGUGAAAUACGAUUAAACCACAAAAUGUACGCCACUUAAUAUAUUUUUAGAUUCAUAAUAUUUUAUAAGGCAAUUCCUUGAUUUUACAGUUCCUGAAAAUUUACCUGACAUGUUUAUUUUAGUGUCCUCAACAACCUAGGAUUUUUAGAAAGGGGAUUUAAUAUAUUGGUCUUACAUAUCUUCGAAAGCAGUAUUCGGAGGAUAAUAUGUUUGGGCAAAUGCAAAAUUUUAUUAAACAAUUACAAUAGAUAAAGCACAUCAUUCAUUAAGUAUUUAUUUUGAUGCAAUUUUUGGAUGUGAUUUUUAGAGCGGAGGUGGCUAUUUAAUAUACACAAUUAAUACUACAUAAUAUUAAGUGAAUUAGAAUAAAACAGUAAUAAUAAAUAUUCCAUAAUCUUCACCUACAUUACUAAUCGCUUUCGAAUGUUAUGGAUCAAAUAAUAAUGUUUAAGAUAGAUAUUGUGCUUUUUCUGAUUAUUAAAUAGUUGUCCAUUAUUGUAGUCCAUUUUGUUUAGAAUGUUCUGAUGAAAAUACAUGCAUUUAAAUGGCAACUUUUGAUACUUCAAUUAUUAAAUUAGAUCCAUCUGAAUGUGGUCCUUAAUAAUUUCUCGAUUAUUAAUAUUUUAGAUGCGAGAAUUGUCCUUAAGAAUGCCAAGCUUGUUUUAAUGAAUAUGAAUGCACUUCGUGUUUCUAUCCAUAUAAACUAUAUGUUACUAGAUGUAUAUUAAUGUGUUCGACAAUUUAAUAUUUUAAUAUUGGAACUUAGUUAUGUGAAGGUAAAAUAAUACUAAGAUUUUAGACUGCAGUUUUAAAUGCAAAUAAUGUAGGAAUCAGAAAGAUUUUUGCAUUCAUUGUGAAGAAAAAAAUUUUCGUUAUUUAUAACUAAAUUAAUGUUUAUGUUAUGAUGGAUAUUACGAUGAUAAUACGGAACCUAAAUGUUAAGUUUGUAACAAAUUGUGUAAAAAAUGUUAUGGAUCAUCUAAUGAUCAUUGUACUCAAUGUAUUUAGCUAGAUAAAGUCGAGAAAAAAGGUGAUGUUUGUGAUUGCUAAGAAGGAUAUUACUUUGAUGAUUCUAGUUUUUAAUGCAAAUAGUGUAAUUAAAAAUGUAAGACUUGUUUUUCAUCAUUUGAUAAUUCUUGUCUAAGCUGUAAUGCAAAUGAAUACAGAAGUUUAUAGGGAAUCACGUGUAUAUGUUAAUUAGGAUAUUAUGAAGUUAGUGAUACCUGUUAAGCAUGUCCAUCAUCUGAAGAUGUAAGCUUAUCAUAAUGUUACAAAAAAUGUGGAAAUGAAAUAUUUAAAUGGCAUAAUGAAUUAUGUGACAUAGUUACAUGUUUGUCGGGCUUCUAGAAUAUUGACAAUUUAUGCAUCCCAAUAUGUGGAGACUUAAUAUUAUCAGGCGAUGAAGAAUGUGAAGAUGGAAACUAAGAAAUUAAUGAUGGUUGCACAAAUUGUAAAUUUUAGUGCCCAAAAUAAUGUUUGACCUGUAAUCAUUUAACAAUUUAUCCUUGCUCAGAUUUGUGUGGAGAUGGAAUUAUAAGUGGUUUUGAAGAAUGUGAUGAUGGUAAUAAUAUUUAAUCUGAUGGUUGUUAUCAAUGCAAGUUAGAAUGUUAAGUUUAAUGUACAAAAUGUUUAAGAGGUUUAUGCUAUGAUUGUUUAACAUAUGGGUGGAUUAUCAACAUUGAGACGUAGAAAUGUAUUGAGAAUUGCGGAGACUCAAUUGUUAUAGGAUCGGAAGAAUGUGAUGAUGGAUAUAAUCUAGAUGAAAAUGAUAAUUGUUUUUAAUGUAAGAGACUAUGCAGAAAUGAUUGCAAAACAUGUAGUUCUGAUGGAAUGAAUUGUUUAGAUUGUAAAGUUGUUGGUUUUAAACCUUAAAGUUAUUAUUGUGUCAAUAUUUGCGGGGAUGGCUACCUUGCAGUUGAUCCUUAUGGAAGAAAUACAGAGGAAUGCGAUGAUUUUAAUUUAAAUGACUAUGAUGGGUGCAGCUCGAUUUGUAAGUUUUAAUGUUAAACUUCUGUUUGUUUGACCUGUCUGAAUGAAAAAUGUUUAUAAUGCAUUGAUCAUUAUUACCUUGACGCUAAAAGCAAUAAAUGUUUAGAAAAAUGUAAUGAUAAUAUAAUAGUUGGAAAUGAAAAAUGUGAAGAUAUGAAUACUUUAUUAUAUGAUGGCUGCUAUAACUGUUAAUUAUCUUGUUAACCUAGUUGUUUAAAUUGUCAAAUUAAUGGUUGUUUGUAAUGUUAAAGAGGAUUUUAAUUGAUUGAAAAUAAAUGUCAAAAUAUUUGUGGAGAUGAAUUAAUUGUUCCUGGGGAAGAUUGUGAUGAUGGUAAUAUUGACCCUUUUGAUGGAUGUCAUUUUUGUUAGUUUCAUUGUGGUCCCGAUUGCUAAUUAUGUGUAUCAGGAAGAUGUUUACGUUGCUAAUUAGGAUUUUAAAUAUUUAAUGGAAAUUGUGUAAUUUAAUAAAGGUAAAAUAAUUAAAUUUCUCAAUAAGAAUAACUUUUGGAAUAUAAUCAUAUGAGUUAAUCUUAUAUAAAAUAUUGUCACUAAUAGAUCAAUGAUAUUUGUAUUAUUUGUGAAGAACAUUACUAUUUAAAUGCAAAUAGGUCUAAAUGUGAGAGUUAAUGUGGAGAUAAUUAUAUUAAUGAUCUUGAAUAAUGUGAACAUAACUUAAUUUAACAUAAUAUUAUAUGUUCGAGCUGCUAAUUUUAAUGUAGAGAUUACUGUGUUGAAUGCUUUUUUGGAUUGUGCCAAAUCUGUGAAUAGGAUUAUGUGCUCAUUGAUAAUCAAUGCCUUCUUAAAGCUAAGUGUGAUCCUGAUGAUGGUCUUUACUACAACCCUUUAAUUAAUUAAUGUUAUGACAUAUGCGGAGAUCAUUUAAAAUCUAUCUACGAAGAUUGUGAUGACGGUAAUUUGGAUCCAUAUGAUGGUUGUUUUGAAUGUAAAUAUUCUUGUAAUCCUCUAUGCCCAUUAUGCAUAGCUGGAGUUUGUACUGAUGAUGGCACUGCAUGUAAGAAAGGCUAUUAUUUUGAUUAAUAAAAUGUAUCUUGUUUUAGUGCUUGUGGUGAUGAAAUAGUAGCAGUGCCAGAUGAAGAAUGUGAUGUGCUCAACACUAGAAAAUGUUUAAAUUGUAAAUUAAUCAUAGAUAAUAAUUGUAAGACCUUAGAUGUAAAUAACUAAUGCUUAGUCUGCUUAGAUGGCUAUUAAAUAUAGGAUGAAUUAUGUGAACCUAAAUCAAACUAAAUUUGUGAUAUCCAAACUUGUAUGACUUGUGAAAAUAAUGUUUGCAUUCAAUAUUUUUAAGAUGUUAAUACAACCAAACAUAAUAAUAAUAAUAAUAUUAAUGCUUUAACAAAUUUAGUUGAAGCCAAGUGUGGAGAUGGUGUUAUCAAUUAAAAUGAACUAUGUGAUGAUGGUAAUUUAAUUAAUGGGGAUGGAUGUGAUUCAAACUGUUAACCUUCAAGAAAUAGCAUGUGCUUUUUAAAUGAAUGCAUUUAAAUCUUUUAUCCUGUCCCUUAAUUAAAAUUUGUUAAAUAAAUUGAAAAUUAAUAAAUUCUUUCUUUAACUUAUGAUCAGAAGAUAAGACUAUCUCCUAAUCGUACAUUGGAAUAAUACUUAAACUCAUUAUCUGGUUCUAUUGUAAACACUAAAGUAAAUGUUACAGUUGAAGCAAAUAAUUAACCAACUUAGGAUUUAGAUUAUGUUGAAAUCAUGAUAAAAAUUUUGUACUUCGAAAGAGCAGUUGAUCCUAUCUUUAUUCUAAAUUUUCUUGAUCUAAGCAUCAUCAUAAANGAAGGAUAUUACUUUGAUGAUUCUAGUUUUUAAUGCAAAUAGUGUAAUUAAAAAUGUAAGACUUGUUUUUCAUCAUUUGAUAAUUCUUGUCUAAGCUGUAAUGCAAAUGAACACAGAAGUUUAUAGGGAAUCUCGUGUAUAUGUUAAUUAGGAUAUUAUGAAGUUAGUGAUACCUGUUAAGCAUGUCCAUCAUCUGAAGAUACAAGUUUAUCAUAAUGUUACAAAAAAUGUGGAAAUGAAAUAUUUAAAUGGCAUAAUGAAUUAUGUGACAUAGUUACAUGUUUGUCGGGCUUCUAGAAUAUUGACAAUUUAUGCAUCCCAAUAUGUGGAGACUUAAUAUUAUCAGGCGAUGAAGAAUGUGAAGAUGGAAACUAAGAAAUUAAUGAUGGUUGCACAAAUUGUAAAUUUUAGUGCCCAAAAUAAUGCUUGACCUGUAAUCAUUUAACAGUAUUUCCUUGCCCAGAUGUAUGUGGAGAUGGAAUCACAAGUGGUCUUGAAGAAUGUGAUGAUGGUAAUAAUAUUUAAUAUGACGGUUGUUACCAAUGCAAGUAAGAUUGCUAAGUUUAAUGCACAAAAUGUUUAAGAGGUUUAUGCUAUGAUUGUUUAACAUAUGGGUGGAUUAUCAACAUUGAGACGUAGAAAUGUAUUGAGAAUUGCGGAGAUUCAAUUGUUAUAGGAUCGGAAGAAUGUGAUGAUGGAUAUAAUCUAGAUGAAAAUGAUAAUUGUUUUUAAUGUAAGAGACUAUGCAGAAAUGAUUGCAAAACAUGUAGUUCUGAUGGAAUGAAUUGUUUAGAUUGUAAAGUUGUUGGUUUUAAACCUUAAAGCUAUUAUUGUGUCAAUAUUUGCGGGGAUGGCUACCUUGCAGUUGAUCCCUAUGGAAGAAAUACAGAGGAAUGCGAUGAUUUUAAUUUAAAUGACUAUGAUGGAUGCAGCUCAACUUGUAAGUUAUAAUGUUAACCUUCUAUUUGUUUGACUUGCUAGAAUGGAAAAUGUUUAUAAUGCAUUGAUCAUUAUUACCUUGACGCUAAAAGCAAUAAAUGUUUAGAAAAAUGCAACGAUAAUAUAAAAGUUGGAAAUGAAAAAUGUGAAGAUAUGAAUACUUUACUUUAUGAUGGCUGUUAUAACUGUUAAUUAUCUUGUUAACCUAGUUGUUUAAAUUGUCAAAUUAAUGGUUGUUUUUAAUGUUAAAUAGGAUUUUAAUUGAUUGAAAAUAAAUGUCAAAAUAUUUGUGGAGAUAAAUUAAUUGUUACUGGGGAAGAUUGUGAUGAUGGUAAUAUUGACCCUUUUGAUGGUUGUCACUUUUGUUAGUUUCAUUGUGGUCUCGAUUGCUAAUUAUGUGUAUCAGGAAGAUGUUUACGUUGCUAAUUAGGAUUUUAAAUAUUUAAUGGAAUUUGUGUAAUUUAAUAAAGGCAAAAUAAUUAAAUUUCUCAAUAAGAAUAACUUUUGGAAUAUAAUCAUAUGAGUUAAUCUUAUAUAAAAUAUUGUCACUAAUAGAUCAAUGAUAUUUGUAUUAUUUGUGAAGAACAUUACUAUUUAAAUGCAAAUAGGUCUAAAUGUGAGAGUUAAUGUGGAGAUAAUUAUAUUAAUGAUCUUGAAUAAUGUGAACAUAACUUAAUUUAACAUAAUAUUAUAUGUUCGAGCUGCUAAUUUUAAUGUAGAGAUUACUGUGUUGAAUGCUUUUUUGGAUUGUGCCAAAUCUGUGAAUAGGAUUAUGUGCUCAUUGAUAAUCAAUGCCUUCUUAAAGCUAAGUGUGAUCCUGAUGAUGGUCUUUACUACAACCCUUUAAUUAAUUAAUGUUAUGACAUAUGCGGAGAUCAUUUAAAAUCUAUCUACGAAGAUUGUGAUGACGGUAAUUUGGAUCCAUAUGAUGGUUGUUUUGAAUGUAAAUAUUCUUGUAAUCCUCUAUGCCCAUUAUGCAUAGCUGGAGUUUGUACUGAUGAUGGCACUGCAUGUAAGAAAGGCUAUUAUUUUGAUUAAUAAAAUGUAUCUUGUUUUAGUGCUUGUGGUGAUGAAAUAGUAGCAGUGCCAGAUGAAGAAUGUGAUGUGCUCAACACUAGAAAAUGUUUAAAUUGUAAAUUAAUCAUAGAUAAUAAUUGUAAGACCUUAGAUGUAAAUAACUAAUGCUUAGUCUGCUUAGAUGGCUAUUAAAUAUAGGAUGAAUUAUGUGAACCUAAAUCAAACUAAAUUUGUGAUAUCCAAACUUGUAUGACUUGUGAAAAUAAUGUUUGCAUUCAAUAUUUUUAAGAUGUUAAUACAACCAAACAUAAUAAUAAUAAUAAUAUUAAUGCUUUAACAAAUUUAGUUGAAGCCAAGUGUGGAGAUGGUGUUAUCAAUUAAAAUGAACUAUGUGAUGAUGGUAAUUUAAUUAAUGGGGAUGGAUGUGAUUCAAACUGUUAACCUUCAAGAAAUAGCAUGUGCUUUUUAAAUGAAUGCAUUUAAAUCUUUUAUCCUGUCCCUUAAUUAAAAUUUGUUAAAUAAAUUGAAAAUUAAUAAAUUCUUUCUUUAACUUAUGAUCAGAAGAUAAGACUAUCUCCUAAUCGUACAUUGGAAUAAUACUUAAACUCAUUAUCUGGUUCUAUUGUAAACACUAAAGUAAAUGUUACAGUUGAAGCAAAUAAUUAACCAACUUAGGAUUUAGAUUAUGUUGAAAUCAUGAUAAAAAUUUUGUACUUCGAAAGAGCAGUUGAUCCUAUCUUUAUUCUAAAUUUUCUUGAUCUAAGCAUCAUCAUAAACGAAUAGGAAUUAGAAUAAGAAUAUUAACAAAUAUAGAUAUAACUCGUAUCUCCUAAUCUUUUAUCAAUCGAAGAAUAAAAAACUACUGGGUCUAUCAUUUAAUUUAGUUAAUAUCAAAUAUAAAUCAUAGCGGGAUUAGUAUUAGUUUCUUCUUUAAGUGGAAAAUUUUAGAUCAUAGAAAAUUAAAUAGAAAUGAUGUAAAUGCUCUAUUAUUACAAAUACAUUAAUAUUAUCAAGGGAUAAAAUUUGCUAAAGUUUUUUGAUACAUUUAAAAUAAUAUAGUUAGCCAACUUUUAUGAAUUUAUUGGAUUUUCACCCUAAUCCUUUAUAUUUUUCAAUGUAACUUCCGAAAAUUCACAAUCUAUCUUUGAGGAUGAUGGAAGAAGCUCAAAUUUUUUGGGUGCCUUUUUCGAAGUAUUCUCCAUCUUUUUCGUAGCCUAUUUCAGCCAUUUAUUCUCCCAAAUAAUAAUUAAGAAACUUAUAACGUUUAUUUCAUAAUUUAAAACAGCUACGCCAAACCUCUAUUAAUUAAAAUUAUUGAAUCAAUUAACAAAAAUUUUCAAAAAACUAUCGGGAAAUUAAUUUAAAGAAUAGUUUAAAAUAUUAUUCUAAUCUCUUAUAUAUGAAUAUGUUAUAAACAUGAUGUUAUCAUUUCAAUAUUAAAAUAACUACAAUUUAUAAGGAAUUCUAAGUUUAACCCUAAAGAUUAGUUUAUUACUCUUUAUAAUUUAAUAUUUAAUCAACAAAUAGAAUUAAAGAUUUAGCGAAUUUUAGUAUACGUAUAGUUGUAUCUAAAAGAUAAUUUUUAGUAUAAUUUUAGUAGGAUGUUUUCAAAGUCCUAUGAUUUAAAUAUAGCUUUGUGCUGUUAAUGAACUAUUGUAUUUUACCUUUCUUUUUUUAAAAAGAAAUAAAUUAGAAAAAUUAGAGGGUUUUAAGAAAUAAUUUAAGCAUUUAACGUUUUUCUUUAUGAAUGUGAUUUAUUCGAUUCAUGAAUUUUCAAAAAACAAUUCGCAGCACUUGGUUACUCUUGGAUGGAUCUAAAUUGGAAUUAUGAGUUUAAAUUUAAGCCUUACUUUGUUAUUAGAUAUUUAUAUAUUAUUAAAGCCAGUUUUUUAGAAAGUUGGUUAAGCAUGGCUUAAAAAAUACUUUUAGAAGCAAACAAGAGGAUUUGCAAAUCAUCAACUUUUCGAUUAAAGUGAUUCAAACAUAAAACCAUCAGGAAUCCAAAGAGUGUUUUAUAAAUGA